AUGGAAGUUAUGGAGCACCUCCACACCGUCCUUAUUUCCAACCGUGGGGAAAUUGCAUGCAGACUUAUCAAAGCUGCAAGUAAGCUAGGGAUUCGUACUAUUGCCAUAUACACGCCUCAAGAUAGUGCUUCACUCCAUGUCCGUGCUGCAUCUGAGGCAGUCGAGUUGUCUGGCCCAGCUAAAUCUGCGUACUUGGACGGUGAUCAAAUAAUUGCAAUCGCCAAGAAGUAUGGCAGUCAAGCUAUCAUCCCUGGCUAUGGCUUCCUCUCCGAAAACACAGCCUUUGCUAGAUCGGUUGCUGAAGCGGGCAUGGUCUUCAUAGGUCCUUCUCCAGAAGCCAUCGACUCUUUUGGCCUCAAGCAUACAGCCAGGACGCUUGCUGUCAAGGCUGGUGUGCCCGUCGUCCCAGGCUCCCAGGAGCUACUCGAAAGCGAGGAUGAUGCCGCUGCUACAGCCUCAUCCCUGGGCUAUCCCGUUAUGCUCAAGGCAACGGCUGGCGGAGGCGGUAUGGGUUUGCUUAUCUGCGCAGACGAGUCUGAGGUCCGAACUAACUUCAAGACGGUAAAGUCCAGGGGCGCCUCGCUGUUCAAGAAUGCCGGUGUCUUUCUGGAACGCUAUUACCCCGACAGUCAUCACAUUGAAGUCCAGGUUUUUGGCAACGGAAAAGGAAAAGCCAUCAGCGUAGGAGAGCGAGAGUGUUCAAUUCAGCGCAGGCACCAAAAGGUCAUUGAGGAAUGUCCCAGCCCAUUCGUCAUGACACACCCCAAGCUUCGCCAGGAUUUGACGAGCUGCGCUGUCCGCCUAGCAGAGAGCAUCAACUACGGCUCUGCAGGUACUGUUGAGUACCUGGUCGACGACGCGACUGGAGAUUUCUUCUUUCUAGAAAUGAACACUCGACUGCAGGUCGAGCAUGGCAUCACAGAACUCUGCUACGAGGUAGAUCUCGUCGAGUUGAUGUACAGGCAGGCAGAUCGAGAAAUUGGUGGAUCAGGAGGCUUGACUCCCGAAGAGCUCUCAACACUACAAACGAGAUGCCUGGAGCCCAAGGGUCAUGCUAUCGAGGCGCGGGUAUACGCUGAAAACCCGGCCAAGGACUACGAACCAAGCCCGGGUAUGCUGCAAGAAGUCUGUUGGCAUGAGUCCGAAGGAACACGAGUCGAUACAUGGAUUCGGGCUGGUAUGACUAUCAGCCCAGAUUAUGACCCGCUUCUGGCAAAGGUUAUGCAUCAUGCCUCUACAAGGGAGGGUGCAGUCGCUGGCCUGGAGGAAGCUCUGAGCAAAAGCAACAUUUGCGGUCCUCCGGUCAACGUCGAGUUUCUUGUUGCCAUACUUCAAGACGAGACAUAUCGGAAAGGAAACACAAUCACAAAGUUCCUGGAAACUUUCAACUUUGUUCCCGCAGCCAUAGAUAUCCGCUCUGGUGGUGCCUAUACCCUAGUCCAAGACUAUCCAGGCCGGCCAUCGGUAGGUCAUGGAUUCGGUCAUUGCGGUCCUAUGGACCCCAUGGCAUUUCAGAUCGCUAAUCUUCUUGUUGGAAACGACGUUGGUAUUGAAGGCCUCGAAAUUACCCUCGACGGGCCCGACAUGGUCUUCUUGGGCGAUGCCAUUGUGGCCAUUUGCGGCCCUCCUGUUCCAGUACAGGUUGAUGGCGCUACGGUUUCUCAAUGGACUCGAUUACAUAUCAAGUCCGGGCAGAGGCUUACCAUCGGCAGACUGUCCUCCCAUUGCCGAGCCUAUCUCUCUGUGUAUGGAGGGUUUACCAAUGUGGCUAAGUGGUACAAUAGCAAAGCCACGAACCCACUUGCCAAUGUGGGCGGGUACCAAGGGCGUCCUUUACGCACAGGAGACUUCCUACGAAUAUUCGACUCAAGUAAGCUGCCUGUAUUCCAAGAUGUAUCGAUACCCGUUCAUCUUCGGCCAACAUACACGGAGGACUGGACACUUCGAGUCAUGAGUGGGCCCUACGAAACAGGCUAUCUCACACCCGAGUACAUCGAAACACUAUACAGUACAUCUUGGGAAGUCAGUCACAAUGCUGCACGGGGCGGUAUUCGACUUUUGGGUCCGCGUCCGGAGUUUGCGAGAGCAAACGGAGGCGAAGGCGGAGCUCAUCCAAGCAACGUCGUUGAAUACGGGUAUCCUAUUGGUGGGCUUAAUUUCACUGGCGACGAGCCAGUUAUCCUGCCUGUCGACUGCCCAGAUCUUGGUGGAUUCAUCUGCAACCUGACAGUCACUAAAGCCGAUAUGUGGAAGCUUGGACAGCUGCGCUCUGGUGACAAGGUCAGGUUUCAACGUGUGAGCAUCGAUACAGCUGUUGAUCUCAACAGAGGGAACCAGAACUUCAUCCAACAAUUGUCUUCCUGUAUCAAGGGAGAGUCUUGGACUGGGGUAACACCACUGCACGAUUCAGUUGUAUCGGAGCAGGCCUCCAACGAACCAGCUGAUCUUCUCAAGGUCAUUAGCCCUCACUCUGGACGACCUAAAGUCUCUUACAGGGGAGGAGCUGAUAGCUAUAUACUUGUCGAGUACGGCGAGGGUGUUUUCGACCUCAACAUGACCUGUCGGGCAUCACAGCUAAAGGCUACACUCGAGCAGUCUCAAGGUCAAGGUCAGCAAUCUGCUAUCGUCAAUAUGGUCAGCUGUGCCAGCUCUCUAGCUGUCUUUUACGACUCAUUAAAAGAAUCGAGAGAUAUCAUGCUAGCAAGACUUGUGAAAGCGGAGGAGCUUCUAGAUGGGGUUGGAGACGUCAAGAUUCCCGUCCGACGUUUCAAACUGCCAGUCGCGUUCUCGCAUGCCAAGUUAACCGACUGUGUCGAGAGAUACAUGCUCACCCAGCGUUCCAUCGCGGCAUAUCUUCCUGAUCCCGUCAAGUUCGUGGCUGACCAUAACGGAUUAACUCCCGAGGAGCUCAAGAAGACGAUCCUCAAGGCAGAGUCAAUCAUUUUCGCGGUUGGAUUCGUCAUGGCUUUGCCAGUCCUGAUUCCGAUCGAUCCUCGUCUUCGUCUCAACUCGCCUAAGAUGAAUCCAAGUCGCACAUUCACCCCGGAAGGAUGUCUGACCAUGGGAGGAAGCUCUUUCUCUAUAUACCCUGUCGAUGGUCCAGGUGGAUACAUGCCUGUUGCGAUGACGAUGCCAUGUCUCGAUUUGUUCACUUCCAAGCAUGGCUUCAGUAAGACUGAGCCAUGGCUCUUCCGUCCACUAGACAUGAUCUCGUUUUAUGAGGUUACGGAAGAUGAGUAUGAUGCCAAGUUGAGAGACUUCAAGCGUGGGGUAUAUGAGUUUGACAUUGAGAAUGCGAUCUUUGACCUUGCAGCACACAACAAGCUUCUUCAAGAAGCAUCGGAUGACAUCCAGCGGCUCAAGGAGUAUCGCGCACCUCAUCGCGCAGCGACAGUCGCUCUUGAGAAGGAACUGGUCGAGAAGUGGCACGAGAGUAAGCAGACAACGGAUGCGCAGAAGGAUGGAACCGAAGUGCUGUUACAAGAUCCGAACAUGGAGAUUGUUGAGUCUCCCAUCAAUGCUAAUGUAUGGAAGGUAUUAGUCAAGGAUGGUGAUGUCGUGAAAGCUGGGCAGAGUCUUGUUAUUCUUGAAGCUAUGAAGAUGGAAGUUCACGUCAAGGCGGACUCACGUUUUGUUGGCAAUACGAUAGAGAGGGUUUGGACAGUACCUAUUUGUGCAAAGGGCGGUUUCAAAUGCGUGUCCCAAAACGAUUGGGCCCCUCCUAAACGUGGACGACAGCACAGGCCAAGGAAGAAUUAUCAACAAAUAGCAAACCUCUCAUCGCCAGCGCAAGCACCUUCAGACUCAGGGAACAAUAGUCCAGCUUCAGCUUCAGAGUCCGAGUCAGAUCAUGACACCCAGCAGGACCAGGACCAGGCGCAGGAGCCCAGUAUCAGCGCGGACAUGGAUAUAUCGGAGGACGUGGGCGCUGGUUCUUCUAACAAUUUAGUAGAGGAGCCAGCAUCUGAUGGCUCUGACCAACUUGCGAGGACUGCACUGGCCCGCUUCUUCAACGACCAUGUCGAUACAGAAUGGUGGCAGAUUUUCCAGACCAGCGAUAACUUUCGGAUUGCUUACAUCGGCACCAACGCUUCAAACAUGGCCCAUUUACUCAGUCUGCGUCAUUUCCAUCGCACCUUGGGCUGUCAACAGUCUCAGUCGCCUCUGCCAUCAGGUUUUCCAGGAGGUCUCCAAGUUGGUGCCGGCGUUGAUGCAUGGAUGUCUUCUUCGGGCUUCCGCUUUGAGGACCCUGUUCAGCCUACUUCGACUGGCACUGGUGACUCUGGAGGAACCUAUCGUCCCAGUGACCCUUCUCUGUUUCCCAAUCAUGGGGUUUGUUUUGGAGACAACUCAGUCGGUCAGUCUGGGGCAUCGUAUCAACCGCCUCUACACUAUCCUUUUCCUCCCAUUCGACCUCUAAAACCAUGGAAACCGAGCCCGUUUGUGAGUCUGCAUCCCUCACAAGAUCCAGCUCAAGACCUUAGCAUGUUCCCAGCCCAGGAAGUUAGAGAUGCUUUACUCCUUGCCUAUUUUAAACAUAUCCACCCACUCUACCCCAUCAUACCAAUGUCGGUAUUUCUCAAACCAGACGGAAAGCUUCAAAACAAACCGCCACUCUUACUCUUCCAAGCCGUACUUCUAGCUGGCGCGCAUGUUUGCACGCAUCCACUGGUCGCCAAAGACAGAUUAGUGGUCAAAAAUGUUUUAUUCAGGCGGGCCAGCAUGCUGUUCCAUCUGCGACACGAAACAGCCCGUCUCCAGCUAGCACAGGCUGCAGUUUUGUUCACGUGGCACGUUAGCGACGGAGAUACAGUCGCUAGUGGUCCCUGGUACUGGAACGGUAUCGCAAUGCGUAUAGCCCUCGGUCUAGGACUCCAUAGAGCUAACAAGCACCUACCUGUUGUCGACCGAAUCAUUAACAAGCGUUUAUGGUGGUCCAUCUUCAUCGCUGAGUCUUUCUGUGCCCUCGAAACAGGACGUCCCAGCUCUAUACAAGCCCACGACUUUGACCAGGAAAUGCUUCGAGAAGACGAUUUCAUUGAUGAGCAAGAUACAGAACUUGCUCAAGGAGCCUCGGAAAAGGAAUCCCGAAACAUGCUUCUCCGCCAUCACCUCUGUAUGGCUGAGCUUGCUAUCAUCAUCUUGGAUGUGCUUGAGCUCAACUCCCCUGUCCCUAAGCGCAAGUUUGACAUUGCUAGCAUCAAUAGCAAGCUCGCAGUAUGGGCGUUGCGGUCUAAUUGUGCUCUUGAUGCUCAGAGUGACGACUUUUGUACAAACCAUUUACGAAUUCACUACAACCUCGUCACCAUGCAUCUAAACCGCAGGAUCGAAGGGCACACGAAUCUCGGCGGUAGAGAUGUCUGCAGUAUGGCAGCUGAGACCAUUCUUUCCUCGCUGGAUCGGAUCGUCAAGCUGGGCGAGAUCAGGCGUUGCCACUUCAGCACUCUAGGCGCGGUCACCGCUGCAGGAAUUCAGUUGGUGCAGGAUCUCAGAGUGGCUGUGAUAUCUCAGUCUUUUAUAACGGCAGUGAGCCUUUCGCAACGCCUGUCGCAGCUAAUUUCUCACGGUGACUCGCUGGCCGAGUACUGGCCUAACGCCACUGCCGUGACGUCGGUCUUUAGCCAACUUCGACAUGAGUAUGAGCAACACAUCUCUACGGGCCUGAAUCAGGCGCAGUCGGUGGAUGCCACCAUUGAGUCACCCGACUGGAAUAGCUUAUUCGCGUCAAUAAACGUGCCGGCGUAUUGGUCACUUGCGGAUCACGAGUGGCUGGGAAACACGAACCUUAGUGAGUUCUCGGAAGACCCGGGUGGUAAUUUAAACAAUGUCCGCCCUGGAGCUUGA